AUGUGUCCAAAGAAAACAAUUGUAUCUUCGGUCUCAUCGAAUACUUCUCCAGUUCCACAAGGCACAUCCUCAAAUACAUUAGUACCACCACAUACGAAUACUUAUAAUACUUAUUCAUCGACUCAUUCCAAGAUUAUUUCAUUGACCUCCCCUAAGAGUACUUCAUCUAUUUCUUCCGAGAGUACUUCAUCGGCUAAUUAUCCGACGUCUCCUGAGGAAACUUCGUCCUCUAAUUCUCCAACUUCCCCUGAGAAAAAUUCAUCUAUUAAUUCUCCGACUCCCCCCGAGAAAAAUUCAUCGACUAACUCUCCAACUUCUCCCGAGAAAACUUCAUCGACUAACUCUCAAACUUCUCCCGAGAAAACUUCGUCGACCAAUCCUUCAACUUCUUCAGAGAAUACUUCACAGACGACUACUCCGACCUCUGAGAGUACAUUGUCGAUUACUUCAUCGACCUCCCUUAAGAGUACUUCAUUGACUACCUCGAUUACUUCAACACCUACUAACACACCAUCGACUUUUUUGGCGUAUACACUUUUUUCAAGCUUUGAAGUCAAUUACUCAGGUUUUGGUCAAAGCAUAUUAGGUUUAGUAACAUUUUUUCAAAAUCCCAAUGGAAAUACUGUCGUGUCGGGACAGAUAAAUCAACCUUUAAAUCAAUUUAAUGGAACUUUUACUUUCGUAAUUCUUGAUAACAACCAAGUAUUGUUCGAUUUUACGAGUUCAAUUAUCCCAAUUCAAAUUGGAAACGCCUCUACAUUCAGCACGUCUCAGAGCUCAGCAUUGAUAAGUGGUAGUGAAAGUAUUAUUGGGAAAUAUUUUGUAAUAAGAUUUCAGAGUACAACCAUUGCAAAAGGCAAGAUAAAUGAAGUAUUUGGCGUUUGA